CUUCGCCGCUCAUUGGCAGCACACGAUCCAAGAAUUUGAUUAUAUGCGUUGAGGAAUUUGGUGAUCAGGAAAAAGUCAUGGCAGCCUCCGGUGUUUAUGCCCUAACCUUUGCCGCUGCUGCGUUGGUUCACUCUGCAUCAGCUCAAGAUCUCAACGAGCAGGUUUGGGGAGUUUUCGCUUUUACUCUCCAUGGAGAUAGUAUACCAGCAGUUUUGCCGCAACCUAAAGCACUGACUCCAUAUGGCGCCGGUGAUUUACAUGCAGCAGGAUCCGCUUUCCGAAGCCGCUAUGUUGCAGUUCAGGGAAACAACGACAGUUCAAGCACAAGAAUCGAAAGCCUAUCGCCAUACGUGCUCGACACCGGUGAGAUUGAGGUUUUGUCGACUACCAGUCCAUCUGAUGUUGCCUCUGCCCAGGCUUUCAUGCAAGGACUCUAUCCUCCUCUCAACGAGACCUAUACCGGCACAUAUGUUGACUUUUCAUUGCAAUUGGCCAACGGCUCUACGAUCACUGCUCCGUUGAAGGGAUAUCAAUAUCCUCGGAUUCUGACCUUGAGCUCUGACGACCCACGAUCACUGACAGUGGAUGGCCAAUCCUCUUGCCUCAUGCAUCAAGUAGCAAAUGCCGAAUACCGAUCCAGCCCAGAGGUUCAGGAGAUUGCGCAAACCUCCGAAGCAUUUUAUAACAACCUCUACAACCAGGCCUUGUCCGGCGUGCUUGACCGGUCAUCGGCCAACUAUCAAAAUGCUUACCACAUUUCCGAGUUCCUUGACUAUCAGUAUGUGCACAAUGAGACCUUGUUACAUCACUUGAACCGGGACGAGAUCGAGCUUGCCCGAUCAUAUGCAGACCAAUCUGUUUUCGCAAUGAACGGCAAUACGUCCUAUUCGUCAGCCAUCGAGAGCCCUGAUAUUCGCACCAUCGCCGGACGCACUCUGGCUGCGAACAUUUUGGAUACAUUCGAUAAAAACGUCCAUUACCGUGGUACCGACGGGAAGAUGACGCUCGUUUUUGGUGGCCCCGAACCUGUUGUUGCUCUCACGUCUCUGUUGCAGCUGGCAUCGACCCAGAAUAGCAACUUCUAUUCUCGCCCUAUGCUUGGAGGCUCGGUGAUUCUAGAGCUAUAUAGCCUAGAAAGUGCGGCCAACCCGACCUAUCCUGACCAGUCUCAACUUUAUGUGCGAUUCCUUAUGCGCAACGGCACUGAUUCUCCUGAAUUUCGGGCAUAUCCCCUUUUCGGACACAGUCCCAGCAGUCUUGCCAUCCCUUAUACGGAGUUCCAGGCGGAGCUAGAGAAGUUCGCGUUGGGCUCGACUCGGGAAUGGUGUCUUCAAUGCGCCUCGGAGGCCGUGUUCUGCUCUGGGGUUCUUGAGAGGGAGCAAAACUCACCAUCCACCGACAAUGGCAAAGGCCUACGUCCUGCGGUCGCCGGUGUUAUUGGCGCCGUUGUUACCCUCGCUGCUUUAGCCAUCAUUGGCAUAAUUGGGUUCCUGAUUUUCGGUUUCCGAACCAAUCGAUUUCACAGGUCGGCUCUCAAAGGAUUCAAAGGGAGCAGCAAAAUGGCAAGCGAUCCUGAUAUUGCUUUCAAAUCCCCAACAUGGGAGGAUGUCAAGCCGACCACCGACCAGGAUCCUCAGAACCCAGGAGCUACCGGCACUAUUGUGAGAGGGCACGAGCGCUCGGGCAGCUGGGAAUUGAAGAAUCAAAAUGGAGACAAUGAUGUCAACCAUGCCCAAGGCGAUGAUGCAGUGUCUCCAUUUGAUGAUGACAAUGAAGAAGAAUGGCGUACACACAGUGUUUUGCAGGCAGUCACGGCUCGAGGACCCAUUCCGGGAUUACAACCCUUGCCUCGUCCUUCUCCCCAUACCCCAAUCCAAUCUUGUCGGCCUAUCUUGAGCCAGAGCAAUGAUGGGUUUCAGCAGUUUGUGAAAGCACAUUCCUCUCCAAAGCAUCAGCGUGUUACUGCUGGUGGCCGCAUUGUGCCGAUGGAGCCACAGCUUGCUGUUUCAGAGUCAAGCUUCCCUCAGGCGGGCGAACUCGAGGCUAGAGAACAUGAGCCGUUUAGCUCAGAGAACACUCCAACACAGGCCAUGCACACUGACCCCUCUACUGGUAACAAAUUGGAUACACACCAUGUGGCCCCUGUGGAUUUGCCAGACCUUCGCCAACAGCCCAUUCCCAAUAAUGAUCUAUGUCAAUCCCUCCAUACCCUAGGCUUUGACGUGGGAUACGGCCCGGGAUGCGCUCCAAUAUUCCCACCAGUGACUCCAGCUCCAGGCAUGUUCCUGCAGCCUAACGUACCUGUUGAGUAUAGAAGUCAGCAGUAUGCUCAUAGAGCGGAGUGUCUACCUCAACCUUGUUAUCAGCCAGUGCUUUCAGACCCUCACAUGUAUGGAGUUGGGGUACUCGGGGUGGACACUCCCACUUGGUACCCAAAUGUGUAUCCGGUGAUGAACACACAAAGCCCUGUUGCUCCUUUGCCCCCCGCAAUUCAGUCUUACAACUCUGUCGCAGCACUCGCAGGUUUUAUACCAGGUCACCAUCAUCGGACUGCCAUGGCGCCUUCGAAAUUCGGUCAGUAUGCCCAGUAUCCAACCCCUCCUGAUACAUGUUACGCGAAGUCGACAUCCCAAGGGAUAUCAAGUACGCCGAAGGUAGCCCAGCCUGUCACUCUGAAUCAACCUCCCGUCCUUUCUGGGCCUUCUAUGGCCGAGAUGCCAAGCCGCAGGUCUUUCGAAGAAGCCAAAAAGCGGCAUGAUCUUCUUUCCGGGCAACUGUCUCGUCUGGAUAGAUAUACAGCUUUACACUCCUGGGAGAUUGACCCCGAAUCCAAGAAGUUAUUUGUGCAGCAGCGCAUGUCUCUGGUAAAAGAGUUGGACACGAUUCGGCUGUACAGGGAGCAGUUGGAUGUGAUAUAUGGGGGCUCUCAUGCAAGCGCUUUGAGCGACAAAGCACAAACAGUCCCUAUUCACCAAACCCAACCCAAAUCAUGUAGACCGGGGAAAUUUACAAGCAAGCACGCUCCUCGGACUCUCCCUUUGUUUUUGUCUGGUUCACAUUCUGCUGACCCAGGUUGUACCACCCCGGGUCUUGUCGUGCCCCCGGCUCAUCCAAUUCAUGGAUCCUUUGAGCAGCCAUUCGUGAAGCAAAGUAUGGAGGAUGCAAACGGUUUGAGUCACAAUGCCGGGGUUAAAACUAUACCAUCCGGAUGCGAAUCACUGACGGAGUCGAAUCUUCUCUACAACGAGCAAAUCCGCCAAGCAGAUUUUGCUCCUGUUAAGCGGGCCCUGCAUGCACAAACCAUUAAAGCAGCGUUCCCCGAUGACACCGGACGUGGAACAGUUCUACAGAAUGGAACCUCGCAGCUUCAAAAGUUAUUCAAUAGAAUCGAAGCAGCCAACACUCGGUGUGAACCAGUCGAUGGUUUGCUCCGAGAACUAUCUGUCGUGACUGCUGGACUUAUCAACGACAGGAGCAAGCAAGACGAUGGGACAGGGCCAAGGAUCUUUGGACGACAAGUCCCUCCAACCCAUGAAAGUCAAACUGCAGGACAUCCAUCAAUUAAUGACUCGAGUUAUGUCCCUGAAAAAUACCGUGGCAUGCAGCACAUCAGGAGAUUCUGGGAAUCCGAGCCCUCUCCGGAAAUCUGCAGCAAGAAGCUCAGGGAUGUUUCUCCUGAAACGGAUGAUGAAACCCAUAGCAGGCCUCCCUCGUCGCACGUAUCCACAACAGAUUCAUGGACUACAGUCAAUAAGGGCGAGUAA